GUACUGUGUACUAGGAAUCAUCAUCAAUCAAGAUUAGAACAAAAAUCGAAAGUUCAGUUGUUUUCAAUUAAUCGAAGUUCAUGCUCAGUUUUUCUCAUCAUGAUCCAAUUCAUAACUGGUGUAGCUAGAUACAUCAUAUUCUUCCUCAACUUCAUCUUUGUGGUUUUUGGUGCGCUAUUGAUAUUAUUCGGACUUUUACCGAUUGUGAAUGGGGGUUACGACAGUACCUACAGCAAAAUUGCUAUUGCUGUAGGUAGUAUAGUUUUCAUCAUAUCCUUUCUUGGUUGCUGUGGUGCUGUCAGAGAAAACAGGAACCUCUUAACAGCACAUGCUGUGAUUCUCAUCCUUAUGUUCAUCCUACAAAUAAUAGUAAUCUUGGUUGUAAUAUUAGCAGAUAUCAACGACAGUUACGGAAAUAUUGACGAUAAACUCAGCAAGUUCAUAUAUUCGACAAAUGAAGAUGAAUUGAGUAUCGUGAGAGACUUGGAAAAAUGGCUUGGUUGUUGUGGCGUACACAACUCAACUGACUACACCGACAGAGGAUGGCCUUUGCCUGGAUCAUGUUGUGGCGAAUCUGAUGAUGUAGACUCGAAAAACCAAAGGACUUGCAUUGAGGGAAAGGAGUAUACGGAUGGAUGUGGGCCGAAAUUCAGGGACUACAUUAAGGAUAAUUACAAAUAUGUCACAUGCAUAGUGAUUGGGUCGGCAGUUUUUGAGCUGUUCGCAGGGAUCUUCACACUUUGGACCAGAGAUCACCUCAGUAAAUAAAUGUUAAGAAACCAUAUUGUCAGACAUCUUGUUCACAAUGAGAAUGUAAAAUUAUCAUCUCAAAUGCCUAGUUCACAUUCUUACUUGUGAAAAAAUAAACUUUGGAGUUGGAAAAGCACAAAUAA